AGAGAAAGCCAAAGUUAAGCAAGCACCAGCCAGACACACUAGCAAAAAAGAACCUCUAUCAGUCAGUCCAAACCAAAAACUACAAAGAAAAAUAUCUCUCCAAUUAUUUCAAGCCCCACAAACACUCCUUUUUUCCUCUUCGCAUCUCAAAACCCAACGCAAAUAAAUCCCUCUCCACCCUCACCCUUUCCGCCCAAAAACCACCAAGAACAAAAAUCAUGCUAUUGCUACCCCCUCACCCACUUGUUUCCCUGCCGCUGCUGCUGCUACUACUACUUGUGACAAGCAUCACAACGAAUACCAUCUCCUACCCUGAUUUCCAAUUCUUGAACGUCAAAGAAGCUAUCACGGAAACAAAAACUAAGUCUUUCAAAACAUCCCAAUAUCAAGAACCCUUCAAGAAUCAGAAUGACACUCAAACUAACGGACAAUGGAAGCUAAAACUAGUCCAUAGAGACAAGAUAAGUUUCAACAACUCCAACCUUCUCCAUGCACGCAUACACAGAGACAUGAAGAGGGUGGCUAGCCUCAUCCGUCGCCUUUCAGGCACCGCCAGUUAUACGGUGGAGGACUUUGGAGCGGAGGUGGUGUCCGGCAUGGAUCAAGGUAGCGGAGAAUAUUUUGUUAGAAUAGGCGUUGGCAGCCCGCCAAGAGAUCAAUACGUUGUUAUUGAUUCGGGCAGUGAUAUAGUUUGGGUCCAAUGCCAACCUUGCACCCAAUGUUACAAUCAAACCGACCCAGUGUUCGACCCGUCCAACUCUGCAUCGUUUAUAGGGGUGUCUUGUAGCUCGGCGGUUUGUGACAGAGUUGAUAACUCGGGUUGCCAUGCGGGUCGGUGUCGGUAUGAGGUAAUGUAUGGUGAUGGGUCAUACACCAAGGGGACCCUUGCCCUCGAAACGCUUACAUUCGGGCGGACAGUGGUCCGCAAUGUGGCCAUCGGGUGCGGGCACAGGAACCGAGGCAUGUUUGUUGGAGCAGCCGGACUACUAGGCCUCGGAGGUGGAUCCAUGUCUCUGGUGGGACAAUUGGGAGGUCAAACUGGCGGUGCAUUUAGUUACUGUUUAGUGAGUCGAGGAAGCGAAGUUUCUGGAUCAUUGGAAUUUGGGCGUGGAGCAAUGCCCGUGGGUGCUGCUUGGAUUCCUCUGAUCCGUAACCCACGGGCCCCAAGCUUCUAUUAUAUCGGGCUUUCGGGUCUAGGAGUCGGAGGCAUGAAGGUGCCCAUAUCAGAAGAAGUUUUUCAGUUGAAUGAAGUGGGCAAUGGGGGAGUUGUUAUGGACACUGGGACUGCUGUCACUAGACUUCCUACGGUGGCUUACGUGGCAUUCCGUAAUGCUUUUAUCGCACAAACUGGAAACCUCCCUCGGGCUUCCGGCAUAUCCAUAUUCGAUACUUGUUAUAACCUAUUUGGGUUUGUGUCGGUUCGGGUACCAACCGUCUCAUUCUAUUUCUCGGGCGGGCCAAUCCUGACCCUUCCAGCAAACAACUUUCUGAUUCCAGUGGAUGAUGUGGGGACAUAUUGUUUUGCGUUUGCAGCAUCCCCUUCAGGACUAUCCAUCAUAGGGAACAUUCAGCAAGAGGGGAUUCAAAUUUCUUUUGAUGGGGCAAAUGGGUUUGUGGGGUUUGGCCCUAAUGUUUGCUAAGUAGAUGUAACUAUGGAAUUUUGCUAGUGUCUUUAGGCUCCAAACACAAUAUUAAUUGCACUACAUUAAUGAAUGAAUGAAUGUAUUUGUGAUUUA